CUCAAAUAGAGUGAACUGAGUGUUCGAGAGAAAGAUUACGGUUAUUCGCAUGUUUUGCUGGUGCUCCUCAAUACGAUCAUUCUGCACCAUACCCAUCCGUGUUUCGAGUGCCAUUUUUUGACGACGUCAUUGCGCAGAGAAUGUUCGAUAGAGGCCACGGCCAGCGAAAGCCUGUUUUGCCCAAGCUGUUGUAAUAGCGUUCGAUGUCCAGUUCGUUUGUUAGAUCUGAAGUGAAGGCCUUCUAUCUUUUUCUCGAAUCCAGUCAACUUUACGUGAGUCAUCAUGGAUGCGGAAAAGUCAAGCAGCAGUUCCUUCGAAGACCUUUCGAACCUAAACGAACAGGAACGGGCAGAGCUGGCUUCCUCGGUGGUGUCCGCACCUGCACAAAGCAAAGAACCCGGCACAGGGCACGCGGCAACCGACCAAGAACGAAAGCUUGAGAGUGAAGCGAACCCGGCUGCGGAAGAAAACGAACCCGAAUCGGAAUGCAUGGACAUACUGGGCAAUGGAACGCUGCUGAAGAAGGUGCUGCAAAAGGGACACUCGGAGCUGAGGCCCGACAGUAAAGACCUGGUAACGAUCAACUAUACCGGGCGGCUAGACGAUGGAACGGUGGUGGAGGAGCAAACUAAUCUUGUUGUGCAAAUCGACGACGUAGAGGUGGUGCAAGGGUUAGAUAUGGCGCUGAAGCUAAUGAACGAGGGAGAAGUGGCGGAAGUGAUUGUAAAUCCUCGCUUCGCGUACGGCGAGCUCGGAUUGAAAGACCCUACCGAGCUGGAUCCGGUGAUACGGACAGUUCCGCCAAAUGCAACCAUUACCUACACGGUGACGCUCGUGUCGAUGCGAGAAGAAAGCGACAUCGAAGCGCGAACGUACACGUCCCGAAAGGAGAUCGGUAACAAGAAGCGAUUACGCGGUAACUACUGGAUGAAGCGGCAGGAGUACAAUCUGGCAAUACAGAGCUACCGGCGAGCGUUGGAGUAUCUGGACGAUACGGUCAGUGCCGGCGGUAUGAUGGAAUCGGGCGCAGGCUCGGUUGAGUUGUCCACCGCAGAGCUGCAGGAUUUGCUGGAAGAUCGUAUGAAAGUGUACAAUAACCUCGCGUUGGCUCAGCUUAAAAUCUCGGCCCACGAAGCUGCCCUCAAGUCGGUGGAUCAUGUGCUAAAAUGCCAGCCAAACAAUGCGAAGGCUUUGUUUCGCAAGGGCAAGAUUUUGGAUGCAAAAGGAGACACUGCUGGUGCGAUAACGUUGCUGCAAAAAGCAGCAACGAUCGAUGUUGACGAUAAGCUAAUACAGUCGGAAUUAUCCAAAUUGAUCCUAAAGUCGAAGCGCGAAGCACGCAAUGAGCGGGACCUGUACCAGAAGAUGUUGGGCCAGGCGCAGAAGCUAGAGCAAAAGACAAAAGCUGCACCAACCGUGCAAAGCAAUGAAUCGUCCAAGAUCAUGAUGUGGGGUUACCUCGUGGGCACCAUCCUGAUCGGUGUGGUCGGUGUCGCGAUCUUCCGGUACAAUAAUCCCUAGACACGACUCGCUAACGCUAACGUGCCCCGACGCCUAUACAGCUACUAUUUUAUCCAGAAGCUACAGAUGCGCAUUAUAGAGUUACUGUAAGAGUAAGGUGCAACCGCGACACUACAUCCGGGACCUGCGUCAUCGAUGGAAGGGCAAACGUGCGCUAGCUUGAUUUUCUAACCUAGCAAUCGGUAGCGUACGAGACGGCUCACUUCCCGAACAAACGUGUUGAAAUAUGGGACAAAAUUGGGGGAGCGUGUUAGGGAAGGGUGUCGGUUCCCCGGGGUUGGAGCAGCAUUUAAAUGGCGCACAUUAACCUAAAACAUUGCUGGGUAUUAGGAGCUUUUUUUUGGGUUACUGGAAGAAGGAUAUGACCGUGAAGCUGUUUGUUAUUGGGACCGAUCAGCAGAAAGCAGACGAUUUACUAAACUAAAGCUAAUCAACACAGCUGGUUUCGGUGCGAAGAAAAUGCGAACAAAAAUGCUUACACACACACACACACACACACACACACACACACACACUAGUUGACGAUUUUUAAGCCAGCCUCCUUGGGCUAACCUUGUCCGUCUUCAAUGCCCCCUCCUUUUUUUAAACACACACGGACACGCAGCGAUCGUGCAGAUUUAGGGCAAAAUUCUUCCAAUCUUCGUACCUCUUCCCGAGGAAGUAUGAAACGCGAAUAACAUAAAACCUACGACACACACACACACACAUCAUUCCACAGUUUGUAUCCUGCAUUUAUGGAACACGACGCGGAACGGUGGCGGGAGGGAAGGGUGGUGUUUUUUUUCUACGUAAAAUUAGCAACGAUUUUCCGGUAGCAUACAUACCUUACGUACAUAUACAUAUAUAUACUCCCCUUCAGCGAGACGUGUAGAGGGUCUUACACGAGCGGUAAGAGCGGUUUUUUUUUGUCUGCAAAGUUUUGUUAGUGUUUUCUUUAGUUUGUUUCCAUGAAAGUAAAUUAUGCAAAAAAAAAAAAAAACAAAAUCAAC